AUGCUAAAUCCCGUAGAGACUGUCACCUCCCAACCUGAAAACCCGUUCGCGCAGCUGGUCACUGAGCAGCGAAUAUCGACUAUACCUUCCUUUGAGCUAGAAUCGGGUGCGACCAUCAAGAACGUUCCAGUCGCCUAUACCGUCCGUGGACGACUGUCAGAAAAGGCCGACAAUGCUUUGGUCAUAUGCCAUGCGCUCAGUGGGAGCGCAGACGUUGCCGAUUGGUGGGGUCCCCUACUGGGAGGUCCUGGACGGGCGUUUGACAUGUCCCGAUUCUUUGUCAUCUGCCUGAACAGCUUAGGCAGUCCAUAUGGGAGCGCCAGCCCCGUCACAUGCAAAGAUGGCGACUUAAAGAAUGAGCGAUAUGGACCGGAAUUUCCUCUCACAACCAUCCGGGACGAUGUCAGAAUCCACAAGCUCAUUCUAGACUUCCUAGGCGUAAAACAAAUCGCCUGCGUGGUUGGCGGAUCAAUGGGAGGUAUGCUCGUCCUUGAAUAUGCUUACUUUGGCAAAGACUAUGUUCGGACAAUCGCACCAAUUGCAACUUCAGCCACACACAGUGCUUGGGGCAUCAGUUGGGGCGAGGCACAAAGACAGGCGAUAUAUUCCGACCCAAAGUACGAAGACGGCUAUUACUCGUUUGACGACCCUCCAUCUGCCGGACUUGGCGCCGCUCGCAUGUCUGCUCUUCUUACCUACAGAAGUCGUGAUUCAUUCGAGUCGCGUUUUGGACGGAACACUCCGGACCUCUCCAAGAGACCAAAUAUCAAUCAGGCAAACGGCAGCCCGAGCAGAUCUCACAAUGAGCACUGGGAAAUCCACAAUCAUGGCCACACUCGUGCCAAAAGCUCGAGGCCUCCCUCCCGGAAUGGCACAGCCGAAGACAAGCGUGAGGACACGGACCCGCCUGUGGCCAUAUUCAACGACCCUCAGUUCAGCGGCACGACCGAAUAUCAGGUACCAGUACCCGUGGUGAACAAGAAAACCAACAAUUCCACCAGCCACUAUUUCUCAGCCCAGUCAUAUUUGCGUUAUCAAGGCAACAAGUUUGUUGGUCGUUUUGACGCAAACUGCUACAUCGCCAUAACCAGAAAGCUCGAUACUCACGAUGUGUCGCGGGACAGAGCCUCCAGCGUUCGGGAAGCAUUGGCACUGAUUGAGCAACCUGCAAUAGUGCUGGGAAUCGAGAGUGACGGCUUGUUCACCAUUCAAGAGCAGCAGGAAAUCGCCGACUCUAUACCCAAUGCGAUACUCGGUAAGAUAGACAGCCCCGAAGGACACGAUGCGUUCCUACUCCAGUUUGAGGCCGUGAACAGAUAUCUCCUCGACUUCUUCCGGGAGCAUCUACCGGAUCUCAUGGAGCGGCCCGGGAUACAGCUCGAGGGUAUCGAAGGAGAUGGUCAAGAUGGAGUCGGAAAAAUCACCAAGAGCAGCACUUUUGGCGAGGCUGAGGUGGAGGACUUGACCGCCUGGUAA